GAGGGAUUUCUUGUCGAUGUACAACCAGUUUACAGAGACCUGUUUCACACGAUGUGUUCAGAAUCUAAACUACAGGGUUCUUACACCUAUGGAGGAGACUUGCACCAGUAAAUGUAUCUCCAAACUGAUUAAUGUGAAUCACAGAGAGAUUUCAGUUUACAUGGAAAUCAAUCCAUUGAAUAGAAGAUUAAAUCAAAUGAACUCUGAAGAACAAGGCCUUCAACCAGAAACCCCUGACCUUGCACAAGAAGUAGAAAAGGCUCUUGGGAAGGAUACCAUGGCAACAUCACAGAGUGAGCCUGUAUCAGAUGAAUCUCCCCAGAUUGCAUUCAACUCUACUGUAACUGGUGAUGUCAACCAAGGAGCAGAUAAUAUGACAUCAGUAGAGACUGCAAAAACAUGAUGAAAGCUUGCCAUCACAGGACUAUAUUGGAUUUUUUUAGGAGUAUUGAACUGAUUAGAAUUUUAUAUGCAGGCAACUCUGCCCUAGUUGAAUCUCAGGCCUUAAAGGAGAAGACCAGAUGAUUAGAAAGUAUCGAUCGUAAAGAGGAAAAAUUAACCUGCGAGAAAAUGUCUUAUUUUAAAAUGUCCAAGCGUAGGGGAGAAAUCAACAAUUUACUUGUGUACCGUAAACAGAAGUUUUAGUACUAGCCCCUUUUCUUCCAGUUCAGUUGGCACCUCAUUCCAGUGACGUGUCACAUAACAGAUGCAGUUCAUAAACGAAUGGUCAAUGAUACUGUAACUGCGAGAGAGCUGCAUUUGAGGCAUAUCGGAUUCUUAAUGUCAGUUUAAUGAAUCUUCCAUAUUUAGCAUCAUUUCAUUGAAAGGCUGACCACCUGAAAUAAUUAAAAUCGCAUCCUACA